CAGUUUAUCUAUGGUGAAACUUGUUAUAAUUCCCAUGUAUUUUCUUACUCUCUGGAGACUAAAUUUUGUAUCCCUUUCUUCUUUCCUAGGCGAGGUUUUAUUUCUGCUGUGGGGUGUUUGGCUUUGUAUCCGUGUACGAAAUGCUCCCUCGGCGUACAACGAGAGCAAGUACAUCGCCUGGUGUAUAUAUAACACUCUGUUUGCUAAGAUCGUAGUUGGUCUUCUGAGAAUUGUUCUAGAUAACUUUCACAAUCCUGAUGUGGCGUAUGUCGUAAACAGUUUGUCAACGCAUGUCAUUGCCACCGUUAUGUUGGUUUUGCUCUUUGCUUUCAAGGUAUACUUCUUGAAAAAAUACAAUGUAAAUCAAAGAAGGCGUUCUCGGGGUAGUUCGUCUAUAGCCACAACGAUGACGGAUCUUCGUAAAUCACCAUUUCAUCUCAACCGUUUGGAGGACGGUACUUUGGUGUGCGAAAACGAUGAAGAGAAAAGCCGCGAGGGUCUGGAAACUGAGAAUAUACAACUGAGGGAGGAAAUACGUGAUUUGACUGCGAAACUUGCAGCAUGUGAAUACAAACAACAACGAGAGCAGAGACGACAACAAGGAAGUCCACAAGAAAACAGCUACAUUUCCACGAGUAGCGAGACUCGUCACUCCAGAUUCAACAGCGAGACGGAGAGCGCUCAGGGUCGAGAGUCGGAAUCUCCCGAUAAAAUUGGUCAAAAGGUGUCGAACGUUGCCGACAGCUUGACAAGCAACGGUAGCGUGUUCACACGCGAGGAAAGAGUGGAAGUUUAA